CCUUUGAAACAGUUCCAAGUGUCAUGCUUCGCCCGCCAAUCCCCACACUGUGAUCGCUUGUGACAAAUCUCAUCCCUCCAGACGAUUGCCGCGACGGUCGGGGUCUGCCAAUUGGGCCGACCGUGUCGUUGGGCCAUCUCACCAUGCCGGGCCUGGAAGUCGUGAACACGUCUCUCGCCUCACCAACGCACCUGGACCCGCCCCAGUUCAGGGCCCACAAGUCUCUACGUCGAAGGCCAAAUGUCGUCUGGUGCCCGCCAGUCAUCGACACCAAACCCCGAGCUCGACAUGGCCGCCCUUCAAAUGGCACGCCGUCGACCGCUGCUCCUGUCCGUCCGCCUCUAACGCCUCCGGGGGUUGCUCCCAGCGAAGACGAUCUCAGCAGCACCGGCACCAGCACCCCAAAGCCCUCGCACCCACCCACCCCCGAAACCACUCCCCCGCGUGUCGUUGCCCCGGCCCCUCGCCCGGGCCUGCCACACUUGGGACAAUCGUCGACCUCCUCGCGCGCCGAGUCGUUUCAGACGGCCUAUGAGAUGAUCUCGGACGCCGAAACGGAGACGCCUCGCCGUUCGUCCCCGGUGUUACCUACGCGACAGAACUCGGUGCGAACGGAGACACCUUUCGAAUAUGGUGACAGAAGUGGAGAAAGCACGCCCGUUCCCGAGCCUCGGAAACAUCGCCUACCUACGACCCUGAUGGAGCCUCCGGUGCACCGCCAGGUGGACGUGGAUGCGGAUCGAAAAGUGUCGCCGCCGCGCCGAAAGAAAUCGACGAGGGACGGGGCGCCUCGCAUCAUGCGGACGGAACCACCCGAACCGCGCUACCAUCGGGAUGAGGUCGAGACGCAGAGUGUCCGCUCGAGCCUACGAGAGCCGAUCCGGGAUCCCCUGCAACCCGUGGGGGGCUUAUCGAUUGAACAGUUCCGCGAAGAAAUCGGUUGGCCACGCCCGGAGGAUCGGCCUCUCCCUACGCAGCCGGAAGAUACCCGCCGGUUGUCCGACAUCUCCACGUCUACCGUCGAGGUGAUGAUCAUCGACAGCCCCCAGUCCGCCCAACGAUCCCUGCGCCACACCGAUAAGAGAGGCUCGCUCCGCUCGGGGACCUCGCCGGUUCCCAACUCGCUGGCGUCCAGCGAGUCGCAACACCGUCUGGUCCACAAGGCGGGCCGGAUCACCGAGAGCGACCGCAAGAGCAUCGCCUCGGAGAUCUCGUUCUCCGGGACCUCGAGUGUGAAUCUGCCGCCGCAGAACGUGGACGUCGUUCCGGUCGUGGUGAUUCCGGAGCGGAGCUCCUCCCUCAAGUCGUCCGCGUCGACCAGCCGAGAUACCUCGCAGAGUCGCUCGCGGCACUCGAGUCGACGCGGCCCGUCCGCGUCGGGCAGUCGGCCGGGCUCUCGCGAGCCAGCGCAUCGGAGGCGGCCGUCCGACACCAAUGCCAGCAUCGGGAGAGGUGCCGAACCUCGUGGUCGCCAUUCCGGCCGGCCGACCAUUCCACCGCGCGGCUCCUCGCUAUCUGCACCGACCAGUCGGAACCAUUCACGAACCGCCUCGUUGACGUCGGAGAGCCUGCGCGAUCAUGCCUUGGCGAUGGAACCGGGAAUGCCUGAGCGCGCCGCUGCGCCACCGGUGCCUCGACCGGACACCAUCGCUCGGGAGGACACGCAUGAUGCGGCCGAAGCCUCCAAGACCCAGUCUAUCAUCAUUGGAGUGGAGGACAUGUCGCAUCUCCGGCCCCCUUCGAUGCCAUACACGCAGAUCUCGAUCCCGUCAUCCUCGCCCGGCCUGAUCGAAGUCAGCGAGGCCCGGACGGUGGUCUUCUUCCCCCACAACAAUGAAUCCCUGCUGCUCGUCGACCCCCAGGCGCAGCCUGCGCUUCACGGGCCAGCGCCCGGCGUGGAAUACCCGGAACUCCGCCCGCUCCGGACGGACGAUUCGCCCCACCACCGAUACGAGAUGACUUCGCCGCUGAAGAAUCCGCGCCAGCCGCCCAAGCCACCCGUCUGCCACGUUGUGCCUCCGACCCCUGUCCAAGAGAACGACCCUCCGCAGGGGACAGCGGCCCCGCACGAGCCCAGUAAACGCCCGGGCCGGCGGUUUGGCCCGGGUCGACGGCCUUGGAUGGGACGUCCGCGGUCCGACUCGUUCCAUUCCUUCGUCCGAUCCCUCUCCCUGACCUCGGUGAAGAACCGCAAGGCUGGCAAAGACGUGGAUGGCCGAUUGCAGUCCUUCUGGCGGCCACGCCGGUUCUGGGAGGACUCGGAGGCGGAGGACUCGCCCCAGGCGAGCCCGCGCUCUCCCGCACACCCCGAAGCCGACACGGUCAUCAAAAACUCAUUGGGCAUGCCCCAGCAGCGCAUCGUGUUCGAGGGGCCGGCGCUUCGCAGCCCGGACACGCGUCGACGAUUCGACCACGCUCGUCCCCAACCCAACCGCAACACCCUAGUGGGAAGCCAGGUGUUCAGCCCCGAGGCCUUCUGCUCGCAGACCUCCCUGCACCACCACCGCUUCCGAUCCUUAUCCUGGUGGCGGCUGCGGUUCCGGCCGGGGAAAGUCCGCAACAUCCGCAAGCGGGUGCGCCGGACCUGGCAACGCCACGUGGAACACCGGCGCCAAGUCAAGCGCGAGAAACUGAAGCAGAGCAUCGGCGGGGCGGUUCUGAUGGAGUCGAGCACGCAGUUGAAAAUCACGGACUAGUGCUUAUGCGAUUGCAACGAGUAUAUUAUGUUCUAUGCAGCUAUGAUCUGACGGCGUCACUGAUGAUGAUUAUGCUUGAUUGUGUAUUUCUGUCUAUUUUUCUUUACGAUUCCGUUUUCAAUCGGUUCCAGUCCAUUGAUGAUUCACGAGAUACCAUCAUGCCGUGAGAUUACCAGUAUGAUAUACAUAACAGAAAAUGGGGUUAGUAGUGAGGCUUAUAUAACAAACUCUAUCUCUCCUAUAGCUAUUAUUUAAGAUAGUAAACUCUCUAUAGCUAUUACUAACUAUUACUCAUAAGUAUUUACCAUCGUUACUUACC